CCCCCCUUCCUGCUGGACUCUGAGUACAAAGCUGCCCUUUGAAUGGGCUGCCUCAGGGCUGCUGGAGGUGCAGGCAUGAAAAAAAAAAUUCAACUGAGGCUCCAGGAAGAGGGGCGGCAGUUUAAGAUGGCUGUCAGCAUCGAGGUGUGUUAAGGAGUCGCUUGGGGAGAAAGCUUGGCUUUUUUGGAGUGUGUGUGUGUGGGAGACUUUAGGGGGAAACUUUUCUCCUCCCCCUUCCCUCCCCACCCAGAGGCAAUUGCUUUCUUCAGCGACAAGAACUGAGGGGUACCCUCCCCCCCAUUCAGCUCUAUAUGGAGAGCCUGGAGGAAACCCCCUUUAGCCAGUAUGUGAGCAGGAAGGUCAAAGGCAAAGAGAAAGUUAAUAAUGCCUGCUAAUGGUGCUAACAAUUCAGGAUGAAUCUUGUCAAAAGUUUUUCUGGAAGUGUGGGUCUUUGAUUGUGUUUCCCGAAAGCAAGACCAAUCAUUUCCGUUUAUUCACUGGCUAAACCCCUACUUGAUUGGGGACAAGGACAGAAACCAUCCAUUACGAUCUGAUAUAUUAUCCAAACAAUUUAGUGUAUUCAUGAGGUAACUGAAACGUGGGGGUUGCGAAAUUACCCGUAAUCAAUUGCAACAGCGAGUGUGCGUCCCCCGGGUGUCGGACAACCACAACUCGGCCGUCUCAGUAACAGGCGGAGCCGCCGCGUUUUGGAGUUGCGCUGUUCGCUACCUGAUCGCCAGCCUGGGGGACACUGGACGUGCUCAGAGGACGCGGACGCUGACGAGGCGACCUCGCCACUGCUCCACCGGGAUCCUGGACCAGACUAGCCUCCUCUCUGCGAGCGCGCCACUCUCCUGUCGCCGCUGACCCUCCGCGGCCGCCGAAGCCGCCCCGCGGGGACAUUCAUUCUCGCGGGCGAAGGAGCUUAGGGGCUGCGUUGUAGGGGUUUUGUCCCCUUCUGCCUCUUUUUUUCCCUCCCCUUCCCCCCCUUUUCUUCUUUUCUGUGUUGUUUUGCCUAUGUUCGGGAAACCAGACAAAAUGGACGUCCGGUGCCACUCGGACACGGAGGCCGCCAGGGUCUCGAAGACCGCGCACAAGGAGAGCCGGGAGAUCAAGGGCGCCGAGGGGAGCCUUCCGGCCGCCUUCCUCAAGGAGCCGCAGGGCGCCUUUUCGGCGUCUGGCGCUUCGGAAGAUUGUAACAAAAGUAAAUCCAAUUCCUCCGCAGACCCGGAUUACUGUCGCCGGAUCCUAGUCCGAGAUGCCAAGGGGUCUAUCCGAGAAAUCAUCCUGCCCAAGGGCUUGGACCUGGACCGGCCCAAGAGGACACGCACGUCCUUCACGGCGGAGCAGCUCUACCGGCUGGAGAUGGAGUUCCAGCGUUGCCAAUAUGUGGUGGGCCGGGAGAGAACCGAGCUGGCUCGGCAGCUCAAUCUUUCCGAGACCCAGGUGAAGGUCUGGUUCCAGAAUCGGCGAACCAAGCAAAAGAAGGACCAGGGCAAGGACUCCGAGCUGCGCUCCGUGGUGUCAGAGACCGCUGCCACGUGCAGUGUGCUGCGGCUGUUGGAACAGGGUCGCCUGCUGUCGCCGCCCGGCUUGCCUGCCCUGCUGCCGCCCUGUGCCACCAGCGCUCUCGGCUCGGCUUUGCGCGGGCCCAGCCUCCCAGCUCUGAGUGCUGGAGCUGCGGCGGGCUCGGCCGCCGCCGCCUCUGCUGCCCCAGGCCCCGCAGGCGCUGCGUCUCAGCACCCGCCAGCCGUGGGCGGCGCUCCCGGCCCAGGGCCUGCAGGGCCGGGGGGACUACAUGCGGGAGCACCCGCUGCCAGCCACGGUCUCUUCAGCCUGCCGGUGCCGUCGCUUCUAGGCUCUGUUGCCAGCCGCCUGUCCUCCGCCCCGUUGACGAUGGCUGGUUCGCUAGCUGGGAAUUUGCAAGAACUUUCGGCCCGGUACCUGAGCUCCUCGGCCUUCGAGCCUUACUCCCGGACCAACAAUAAAGAAGGGGCCGAGAAAAAAGCGCUGGACUGAUGUUAAGUGUUACCCUGUAUUUAUAUUUAUAACAUCUAUUGUGGUGGUAUUUAUGGACUCACGCGCGCAUUAGGCGCCCAGUGCUCCUGCGCUGGCCUUCCUGGCCCCCACUAGGCCUUUGACUGCUCACCCGGCUCCCCCUCCCCACAGGCUACUGAUUUCAUCCCAACUGAGCUGUUUUUGUUCUUUCUACUUUUCCUUCCUCCCUCCAACCCCAGCUUCCUUCUGAAACCAGGAAUGAUCCAAAGAAUUGGGGAGAAAUACCCGAAUUAGCAACCUGGUUUCCCCAGUCUUGCCAGCCAGGGAAGGAACAGACUGAGCCUAAGUCAGCGCCCCCCCCCCCCUCCCGCCCCUGCUCUGGAUAAGGGACGCUGCGCACUGCUCCUAUGAGUUUUUGCAAGAUGAAGUGUAUGUUCGCAGGCCAUCAGGGACUGAGAAAGCUUCUUGGUUUCUUUAGAUCCCCCCCCCCCCAAAGGGCCUAUCCCCUCUUGUCAGAGAAACCAAGGCUUUUGGGAGGUCCUGGCCCGGGUUUUUAGACCUCAGGAUAAUUGGUGCAAACUCUUGUCCUAAGAGUUGAUGAGUUUUUUCCCUUUAAGGAAGCUCUAAUCGCUAUCUCCUCGACCCCGAGAAACGAUAAAUCAAAUGUCUUGCUAGGCAAAGGAGGUAAUAAAUUUGAUAUAACAGCAAUAAAACAAGGGUAAUUGUUACAUAACACCAGAUGAAGUGUUACCUAUUUUUAAACACUCAUAAAUAGUUGAGUUUGCAAAGUAUAAGAAAUUCGGGCUAGAGACCGCACCACGGGGCAGUGCAAAAUUAAAAUCCAGAGUGCUGUGACUUUAGCUAGGAACUUAAAAAGGAAAGGCCAGUGAUGCCUGGAAGAUUCAAAGCAAGAUUCGGGAUCUUAUUUUCCGGGGGGCGGGGCUGUUUAGAGCCCUGACCCAUAGCUUCCUGUUCCUCCCAUGAGAGCACGGUGCCUGGUGGCAGUCCACCAGAAACGAAAUUACAGAAGAAGGGCUGGGGUUGGAAGUAAAUCAACACCCCAACACCUGCUGCUUCGGCUUCUGAACUCUAUCUACAAAUGCUUUUCAUGAUGCAGGAAGCUCCCGGAUUUCCUAGCCCUUGCCUUCCGAAGGACAGGUUGGGGUGUCGGCGGUGUGGCCUCCACCAGUUCUAGUCCCUGGCUGCCAGUGGUUCCCUGCAUGGCACACCAGACACCUCUUCCUCCUCAACCCCAGGGUGUCAGUCAUUCAGAGUGAGAACUCUUACUACCACCACGUGGGCGCAGCCUCAGCCCUAACCACAACCCCAGCCCCCAGAGCCACCUCCACUGCAUUUUAACCAAAACCACAGACUCAGAGCGCGAGGUGCCUCAGUAUCGAGAAUGUAUUCACCCAUCUGAAAAAAAGCGCAAAACGUUAAAGGAAAAUUAGUAACUUUAUUGUAAAUUAUUUACAUGCGAAGGUUUUUCCCGUUUCUUUUCUUGUUUCACUUUUUUUUUUCCUUUUGGUUCCUUUCUCUUUUUCUCUCUUUCGCUCUUAGGUAAAUAGUGAAGAAAAUAACGAACGAUUCAAACGCGGGUAGGUGUCACUGAAUCCUGGCUACUAACUGUGUUCUGGAUGUCUUGGCUCUUUGGAUGUUUUUGUAUUUAUGUGGUGAGAGUGAAAAAUAUAUAUCUAUGAUGAUUAAGUGUAUUUUUGUCCUAUAUUUGAAAGAUAAAAAAACCACACACACAUACAAGCACGCACGCACGCACACACGCACAGAAAAAGAGAAGGUCCAGCAAAUGAUGAGUCUCAGGGUUAGGAUGCGAGUCCCAUCCCGGAAGAGCAGGGAGGA